AAACACUCUUACCUAACUCCCACUUUAGGAAACAACCUAACCUAAGGAUAAGCCACCAGUGUUGAGAAAGAGCCUGGUCACCAGUUCGUUGUGAGCAGCCACUUUGUUGUGAGAGAACUGCAAGUACUAAAAAAUGGGCGGUCGUUCUGCACUUUUGCUGGCCCUCGUGGCAGGCGCUGAAGGAUACCAGAUCCGCCAUGCGAAUACGCGUAUACAUCAUAUGCUUCCUACUUUUAGAUUAUUUAGAUUUGUUUAUACAAGAACGUGUAGUUAUUCCUAUUUAAAGUCUUCUUGAUUUGAUUAUUGUUCUAUCCUCAAAACUUCAGUGCGUCGACCGGGAGGAAAGCCGUUCUCUUUGAAGUUCCACAUCGACGAUCCGCGCAAAUUGUAUGCUUUUUUGGAUGCAUGCUUUUUUGAUGAGAAGUAUGGAAAAGAAGUCUAAAUUUUCCGGACCUUCCAGAAAAGAAUUCCAGUAGAGAAUUCCAAUAUUUCUCUCACAUCCUUUCAUCUCUUCAAAAAUAUCAGCGUCCCACGUUCUUUUCUCCACUAAAAAUACAGCGUUGCACUUUUGCAGCAGCCAAAUGCCACUACUCCAGCGGCUGCUGCGGCCGUCGCUACGACUACUGUUGCCGCUGUUGGAGGUGCCUCUACCACUCCGGCCGUUGCUGCUGCCAGCACUGUGGCUCCUGCUCCCGACGCUACCACUCCUGCUGCUUCUCCCGUCGCUACUACUGUUCCUGCUCCGGCUUCUGCUGAUGAUAAAAUCAAGACACUGAUUGAGGUAUAUACUUCUGUCCAUUUUCAGACGAAACCCUAUCUUCUUAUCAACACUGUACUCUGUUUUGCCGCACACAUGCAUCUAUAGAAUCAGUUAUGGCACCUAAAUCUAAACUUUUCCAGACCUCUACGUCCCCUGCUUUUAAAAACCACAUGUCCUCACUUCCACCUGAAAAAACUCAAAAAUUAGAAUACCACCACAACGGUUAUGAAGUGUUUUACUUUUGCCACAAAACCCAUCUCUUCAGGAUACGACUACGACGGUUAUCAAGUGCUUCUUUUCCAAGGGUAGCUAUGUAUCCACCGACACCGAUGCAGACUGCUCUAGCGUGGAUGUUGUUUUAUGACCCCCUGAGAAUAAAUAAAUACUAAAAUGAUCAUCACGAGAGGUAAAAACCAAGUACCUUCAUCUCUCCAUGAUGAAGAUUAUCGCUCUAUUAGUAUGUUCUUGCGUAUGAAGUGCCUUUCUGGCAGCCCCUUUCCAGCAGAGUUGUGGGACGCCGUCCUGUGUAGUACACCUUGUAGUACUAUUUCUAGCAGAAGUCCUAUGUUGCGUAGUACAUCACCUUGUAGGACACCUCCCUUGGGAAAACUUGUCCCCCAACAAACCCCUACCCCAACGACCCCACACCGCCACCAAUCCCCCUACGAAGCGCUAAUACCAGUUGCAAUGGUACCGAUGGAUCCAUCCACCGGUCAGAAGGGUUACCAAAUCACCGCCACCGUCACUGGUUUCGGAAUUCCAUCGGAAUUGUACUAUUCUUGCUUAGUGGAGGAUUUUUUUUUUGAAUGGUUCCGAUAUUUGGUAACCUGAAUUUGAAUCAUAAGGAUUUGCACUUUUCUUGAAUGACCUUACCGCUACGACUACAGAUCAACAGAUGUAGGUGCAACGCAUCAAUCAAGUUGGUUUCUGAAUGUAGCGUUUAAGUUUUACUAGAGAGCAACAUCAACAGGUCUGUGAUUGUAUUUUCUCUCUUUGGUAUUAUAGAUGACUCUCUAAAUCCAAAUGUGCAGGUUCAGCGACGAUAGCAUGUUGAAAUUGCAGACCACUUUGCAAGGUGCACUGCGCGCAAAGGAUGAACUGCAGUCGACCAAUGUCUCCGCUAUCACCCCAGCUGGAACAGGUACUACUACCACUACUACUACUUCCACUACUACUACUUCCGAUGAUGUACUCAAUCGUAGGCACACACCGACUCUGGACGAAAGAAAACGGGACUUUUAUCUAAUGAAAAAGACUAAAACUUCUAAUUUUUGAUCGAGAAAAAUCUCAACGAAAAUCUCGGAAAUAUUUUUACCACACAGAUGAUUCCAGCGCUACCACUGGGCCACCGGCAGCACCAGCUGGGACGACCCCUGCGGCUGCGGCUGCUGCUGCGGCUGGGAGUGUACCAACGACAGUUGCACCGGCAGCGGGCGGAGCAGCGUCAGGUGCACCGGCAGCGGCCGGAGCAACGUCAGGUGCACCGGCAGCGGCCGGAGCAACGUCAGGUGCACCGGCAGCGGCAGGAGCAACGUCAGGUGCACCGGCAGCGGCCGGAGCAACGUCAGGUGCACCGGCAGCGGCAGGAGCAACGUCAGGUGCACCGGCAGCGGCCGGAGCAACGUCAGGUGCACCGGCAGCGGCCGGAGCAACGUCAGGUGCACCGGCAGCGGCCGGAGCAACGUCAGCUGCACCGGCAGCGGGCGGACCAACGACAGCCGCCUCGGCAUCGCCAUAAAUGCGGUAGAAGAAACUGGUGGCGGGAUGAUGUCUUUGGUAGCGAGGGAAGGGCUUCUUAGGUUCAUCGUCAUACUGAUCACUCAAGAAUAG